GGGCACUCCUUGUCAAUUCUAAUUCUUCCCUUCCUGCGGCGCCCGUGCAAGGCCAUGGGUGUCUUCGUUUCAUCUCUCAACAGCAGUUCAUUACGCCGUUGCAUGGGGCACACAACUCAUCUUCGAUGCGACUGUCUUCGUAUUGACGACGUGGAAGCUGUUGCGCAUGGAAUCGAUGGGCAAGAGGUCAUUAGUGGAUAUUUUGUUGCGUGACGGCGCAAUGUACUUCGCUGUGAUGACUACCAUCAAUGUGGCAAACAUCAUUAUUUUUAUCGCAGGGCGGCCUAAUAUGAAAUCGGUCCUUUCAAGCCCUACGAAUAUGCUGUGUGCGGCUCUGAUAUCAAGGUUAAUGUUGAAUUUGAGGGAUCCAAUAAGGGAAGGAGGUGAAUAUCAGUCUAUUAGACAUCGACUCGAUCGCGGGAUCGAGUCGGAUGCGUCGAUUAUUGUUGCAGGAAGAGCCGUUUGCGGGGGUAGAUUGGAGAUCUGUGCGGAAUCCAAGUAUGAGAUAGUUCAUUAGACGACGGGAGAAGUCGCGUUGGGGUGGGAUGGGGCAUGAUAUGGACAAUUGUAUUAUAUCCUAUCCCUCUACUAGUAAUCAUUUUGCUGCCAGCCUCCGGCAUUCAUGUUGUUGUAUACACACU